UUCAAGUCUUUCGAAUUCGAGUUCCGUGCCCUUUGUGAGUUGUUGAGUACGUGGGACAGAAGGCGGGAGGGCGAUACAUCCGUAGCCAAUCGAGAAGGUAGGGAAAGCGGCAUUAGCCAGGCGGGCACAAAUCAACUCGCCUCUUCACGUCGCCAACAGCGGCUGAGCCUCUACCCGGCAAACAAAUUAAUAAACCGCAGGGAGACUAAUGAUUCCGGUAUGCAGCAGAUCCCUGAAUCCUCACCAACAGCAGGUCUACCUCCCGUCUACCUUUGUGCUGACGGAAGACGUAUACAAAGCUCGAAGAAGGAAGUCCUCUACACACCGCCGCUGAUCGGUGUUCCGCACUUCAUCUACAGGUUGCCAUUGUCGGAAGACCUGGAAAUUUGUGAGCCCAUAUGUCCGCCACCGAGUCUACUUCUGCCGCCAGAGGUCCAGCGUCCCAAGCUCUCUCUUCAUGACUUGCUGAAUAGACUUCAACCGCUGCUACCUAGUCAAGAAACAGUACUGGAAGGAAUGGGAAUAGGUCAACAUGGGAUGCCUAUCCCACCGCCCGCCAUCUUCUCCGUCAUCCGUCGACCAACUGUAGUACCGCCAGAGUCGGGGACCUUUAAGUUGUCUCCAACUACAUUGAUAGCCAAAAGUAACAGUCAGGAGACUUGCGAUAGUCAAACUGUGGAGGAGAGAGAGGCUAAAGCGAACUUCACCAUUGUUGCCCCAUAUGCACCGACCUCGACUGAUCUAAAACAACCAUUACAUUCAAGUUUGCUAGAUGGCAAGUCUAUAUCAGCUCGCGAGAAAUAUGGAGGAGGUGCAAAACGUCGAACUUCGGCCGCGGCAUCCAAGGCAAAGCUACACGAAGUCGUAGAGGAACUAUCUGAUCAAUCGGAGGCUCCAAAGAGAAUCAAAGCCAACGAGUAUCCUGAAAAUACCGUUGAACUAAAACUUACCAACAACAGUACAGCAUUGGCUGAUUUAGUGCUGAGCUUUCUGGGGGAUGUAAAAGAGGAAAACGUCUGCGUGGAGCCAAAAGCCUUAAGACUCCUUCCAAAUGAAUGCCAAUCUGUUCGCCUUUGGGUCUUUCCACGAACGAUCAAGCGCUUUGAGGACGCUCUAGUAUGCUGCAUCUUGAACAAUCCUGAACCAUUCCUCUUGCCAUUCGGGUGUGAUGGUGUCAUGCCUGAGCUCGAGUUGGAUACGAAAACAAUAUUCUUUGAGAAGGUUCUCCUCCACAGAAUCGAGAGCAAAAAGAUAGUGCUGCGCAACAACACACUAUUGCCGGCUGUCUGGAAGAUACUGGGAGCCGAGAUGCUGGGUGAGGACUUCGCACUGGCCUCUGUCUGUGGAAUAGUGCCACCGAUGGAGGAGUCCGCCGUCACUGUCGUUUUUCGCGCCAGCAGGCCCUACAAAGCAAACUUUAAGAAGAAUCUGCGACUAGAGGUGUACGACAAAGAAAAUAUUGCCGGACUGGUUCACGUAGAAACGAUUGUGGUACAAGCUGAGGCCUACGAUGUACUCUUGGACAUCAUCUUCUCUAAAGGUAAGAUAGCAUCUGUUGGCUUAGCAAUUUUUCGAUCAUUCACGGAGGCGGCAUUUGAUGGCGAGAAUCUAAUCCACUGCGAGGUUUAUGACCCACAUUACAAACAGGGUCCCGAGCUUAUCGCCUCCAUCCCCAUUCCUAUAACUGCCAACGUUAAUUUUAGCAAAUUUUCCAUCUUGCCGUCCAAAGAGAUGAAUUUUGGCGCAAUGCUCCUGCACUCACGCAAGUCCAGGCAAUUCGGCAUCGAAAACUGCGGCAACUUUGACUUCAAGUUUACCAUAAUGCCCAUGACAAAAGCACAAGAGCUGCGCGCACUACGAGAAGGAAUUAAGGGGCGCCGGCGAACAAGUCGUCACAAAGUAAUAGACAUUCUCUCGACAAAGGAUGGGGGCAAUCGACUUCAGCUUGGACCAUUCAGCGUGAGUCCCACAAGUGGUGUUGUACCAGCCGGCGCCUACCUAGCCAUAACCGUCGACUGUGCCGUCGACGCUCUGGGCUAUUUCCAAGAAGAACUCUGUCUAGACAUCUCAGACAGGGAUGCGAGCGAAGGUCCCUUAGGACUGUCCUAUAUGCUACUGGCGGAGUCGUGCUUCCCCUACAUCAAUGUGGAUGACAUUGCCGAUAUCUUUGAAGAACAUCGAAUCUGUAAAAAUUACGACAUGUUGCAAGCAAUAAAAGAUACUGAGGCGACCAUGAUCUUUGCGGCGGGCGAGGACAUCAAAGAAGGUCAGCAGAUUGCUUCUUCCACCUUCACUGUUAAUCUUUACGUCAGUGUUAUCUUCUGCCCUCCAUCAAUUCAGGCUUAUUCGGGCCUCUUUGAGGCCGCAAUUGAGUUGGGGCAGACCACACAGCAGACUGAUAACUCAAAUGCUCAGAAAUCAGAGCCUGCGGACGUGCAGAGGACUCUUGUCUUUGAACUUUGCGGCCAGGGUCAUCUGCCUCGCAUCAGCAUCCUCCGCCCCAGUCUUCGAAACCUUCGUGGGGAAUUGACAUGCGUCUUCCCACGUAUACGCGCUCGAGAAAUCAUCAAACGCGAAAUUGUCUUCCUAAAUGAUGGAACCUUUGUCAGUACGGUAAGCACUGUUGUUUUGAGGUCAAGCCAUAUGCCUUAUUUGGGUUGGAUGAAUCCAAUUCUCUCUCUGUACUCCUGUGUUCGCUUGCGCAGUAAAGUUUAA